AUGGCAGCAAAACAUUACCUCGACCCUCACAACGCAGCUUUCGCCGCAGCAAUCGUCGAUGAGCCUUUGCCUCAUAUCCUUGGCUACGUCAAGGGUCACGAAGCUCUGGAAAGUUUACAGAAGAGUGAACCAGCUUCUGACAUUGUAACCGAAGUGUUUGAAGUGCCUUUCGAAGAUGUGUCAACAAAAGUGACCAUAUUCAGACCCAAGUCUGCAACAGGGCCAUGUCCGUUGGUGUACUAUACUCACGGCGGUGGGUGGAUAUUGGGAAGUUCCAAGUCAUUUGCAGUACUGAUGGAGGACUUGGCCCGUCAAACAGGCGCGGCCAUGGUGUUCCCCGACUAUUCACUGGCCCCGGGGAAACAAUAUCCGUUUCAAUUCGAGCAAACAUACGCCAUCCUUGAUCAUGUUGUUCGCGAAGGACACAAAUAUAACCUUCUGACUGAUCGGGUGGUUCUCGCUGGAGACAGCGUUGGAGGACACUUUGUUAUUGCCCUCAUGCAAAUGAGUCUAGAACGGAACCUGCCGUCCAAAAUCGUACAGCUGGUAAUAAAGAACCCGGUCACAGACACCCAUAUAAAAUUGCCAUCCUACGAAACCUACAAAGACGGGCCCUUUCUCACAUCCGAUACAAUGGACUGGAUGAUCGACGCAUUUUUGCCCAACAAAAAGGACCGAGAGAAUGCACUGACUUCUCCCUUGACCUUUGCGUCGGACCAAGUGCUGGCCAAGUUUCCAGCAACAAUCAUUCUUCUUUCGGAUGUCGAUCCUCUUCUUGACGAGGGCAGGGCAUUCGGUCACCGGCUUCAGCAGGCAGGAGUGGACUGCGCUAUUAUCAAGGCUGAGGGACAAAUGCAUGCAUAUGCUUCGAUAAUCCCAUUAAGGGAUAAUGCAACCGCUCGGGCAGUGAACGAGCUUACCGCUUUGAAGAUACGCAAGGCUCUUGCAUUGCAAUAA